AUGAAGCCGCACCGCAUCCGGAUGACGCACAGCCUGCUCAUGCACUACGGCCUGCACACCAAGCUGGAGAUCUUCAAGCCGUUUCCCGCGCGCGAUAAAGAUAUGUGCAGGUUCCAUUCAGAUGACUACGUGGAGUUUCUCCGAACUGUCACUCCUGAGAACCAGCACGAGCAGCUGCGGAUGCUCAAGCGCUUCAACGUGGGGGAGGACUGCCCCGUCUUUGACGGGCUCUAUCAGUUCUGCCAAACCUACACCGGAGGCUCGGUGGGAGGCGCGGUGAAGCUGAACCACGGGCACUCGGACAUCGCGAUCAACUGGGCGGGCGGGUUGCACCACGCCAAGAAAUGUGAAGCAUCGGGGUUCUGCUACGUCAAUGACAUCGUGCUUGCGAUUCUGGAGCUGCUCAAGUAUCAUGCUCGUGUGCUGUACAUCGACAUUGACAUCCACCACGGGGACGGAGUGGAGGAGGCGUUUUACACGACGGACCGAGUGAUGACAGUCUCCUUCCACAAGUUUGGCGACUACUUUCCCGGCACAGGCGACCUAAGGGACACGGGGUACGGGCGCGGCAAGCACUACUCGCUCAACGUGCCUCUCCACGACGGCAUUGACGACGACAGCUACCUCUCGCUCUUCAAGCCCCUCAUCACAAAGGUCAUGGACGUCUUUCAACCGGGCGCCGUCGUGCUGCAGUGCGGAGCGGACUCGCUAUCGGGAGACCGGCUGGGGUGCUUCAACCUUUCGGUGCGGGGGCACUCGGAGUGUGUGCGGUUUUUGAGAUCUUUCAACGUGCCGCUGCUGCUGCUGGGCGGAGGAGGCUACACCAUUCGCAACGUCGCGCGCUGCUGGUGCUAUGAGAUUGGGGCCGGGGUGCUGCUUCAAUCUGUCGGUGAGGGGGCACUCGGAGUGUGUGUGCUUCUUGUGCUCGUUCAACGUGCCGCUGCUGCUGCUGCUGGGGAGCGGAGGCUACCCCAUCCGCAACGUGCUGGUGUUACGAGACUGGAGUGGCGGUGGGGUUGGAGCUAG